AUGUCAAGUCAAUAUCUAACUGAUUCUUCGUCCAUAUACCGUUCAAUUCCAACAACUUCAAAUGAUAAUCAAAAUUCUCGAUCAAUAACUACAAAUCCUCCAAAUUUCUCAAGAGAUAAAAAAAGUAUUAGUAGUAGUACGAUAAUUAAUUCAUCAUUAUCACCAAGUAAAUCAAGUUUACCAACACGACGACCUCGUACAUCUGCAUCUACACGUGUUGGUCGCGGUGGUGAAAGUCAUUCUUUUGUUGUUGCUGUGAUUGAAGGUCGAGGUGGUAUUGCUAGUGAAGUUGGAAUGUGUUUUAUUGAUUUGAGGACAAGUGAAUCUAUUCUUUCACAAAAGAUUUCGGAUUCUAAAACUUAUGUAAAGACAUUACACAAAAUGAAUAUUUAUGAUCCUGUAGAGAUAUUACUUUCUGUAACAUCGGUUGAACCUUCAAAAUCGAAAUUAUGCAAAAUCCUUGAAGAUAGUAUGCCAUUCGCGACAAUUGUUCCUAUUGGAAGAAAAUAUUUUAAUGAUGCAAUUGAUUGCGUAACUGCUAGAAAUCUCGAAUUAAUAUGUAAUAUUAAUAGUCCACAUAGUAAUCAAUCGUUAUAUGGUGUAUUAAAUAAGACAUCAACUUCUAUGGGAGCACGUUUAUUGCGAACUAAUAUUCUACAACCUUUGAAUGACGCAGUUACGAUUAAUACUAGGUUGGAUUCUGUGGAAGCUCUCAAACCAUUUCAAGACAUUGAUCACCUGAUCACGACCUUAAUCCAAGUUCCAAGAAAGCCAACAAUAAAGCAUUCUGAACAAAGUAUUAAUAAUAUCAUCAUUCUAAAACAUACAUUAAAAUUAAUUCAAAUAUUAAAAGAUUCUUUAGCGAGAUGUCAGAAUUCAUUGAUAGUCGCAAUUCGCGAAUUACUUUCCGAUUCAAGAUUAAUCACAUUUGAAGACCUUAUUAAUGAAGUCAUAAAUAAAGACAUCACUUAUCAAAAAAGUUCAUUGGGAUUGAGAAAUCAACGAUGUUAUGCAGUAAAGCUAGACAAACAUACAAAGAAACAAUUAACGAUAUUUACGAAAUUGUCGAGAAUUAUAACAGUGAACCAAUACGAAAUACCUCUAAAAAUACAAUUUAGUCCAUCUACAGGAUUUUAUCUUUCAACUUCAACUGAUGUCUUGAAUGAACAUCAACUUCCGUUAAUUUUCAUCAAUGUUUGCAAGAAGAAAAAGAUGUUAACUUUUACUACUCUAGAAUUGAAUACCAAGAUUAAUGAUUCAUUAACCGAGGUUUACUUGAUGUCUGAUAAAACGAUCGAGGAUUUAAUAUCAGAAAUUCGUUGUAAUAUUGGUGUACUUUAUAAAGUUUCCGAAGCAAUUUCCAUGUUAGACAUGUUAACUUCUUUUGCUCAUCAAUGCACUAUUUCAAAUUAUGUUCGCCCAGAAUUUACUGAUACUUUGGCCAUAAAAAAUGGAAGACAUCCAAUGAGAGAGUGCCUUUACAAUGACCCAUUCAUCCCUAAUGAUACUUAUGCAAAUAAUGCUACCAAUUUUCAAUUAAUAACCGGUCCAAAUAUGAGUGGAAAAAGUACUUAUCUUAGACAAAUCGUAUUAAUUAGUAUAAUGUCACAGAUUGGAUCAUUUGUUCCAGCAGAAUAUGCGUCUUUCAGAAUGACAAAUCAGAUUUUUACACGUAUUUGCAAUGAUGACAAUAUAGAAACUAAUUCAAGUACUUUUAUUGUUGAAAUGCGUGAAACUUCUUACAUCUUACAAAAUAUUACGAACAAUAGUUUAGUGAUCAUUGAUGAACUGGGAAGAGGAACAUCUACUCACGAUGGUUUAGGUAUUACUUAUGCAGUUUGUGAAGAACUUUUGAAGACAAAGCUCACAAGAUAUUUAACUGUAUAUCCAAAUGUAGUGAACUUACAUUUGGAAGUCGAAAUCGAAAAUCAAAGUGCGAUGAAAUAUUUGUAUCGAGUAAAAGAUGGAAGUAAUGAUGAUGAACAUUAUGGAUUAAGGGUUGGAAAAAUGAUUGGAUUACCUAAUGAUAUUAUUGAAAUAGCUUCAAAAAUUUCUUAUAAAUUGAAAAAUUUAAUUGACACAAAUAAAGCAAAAUCCGUUUCAAAUAAAAUGAUUCAAAGACGAAAAGUGCUAUUACAGCAAACCGAACAAUCAACCAGCAUUUCACCCCCAGCCACAAAUGUAAUAAAUUUAAUUGACUUCCGUAAUCCGCAAAUUCCCAAUACCGAUGGCUUAGCUAAAAGUGUUGAAUUAGUUUUUGAAAAUUUCAAAAAAUUCUCAAAUUAUAAAAAAAAAGAGAAUAAAGAGAAUAAUCAUCAUAUUGAAAAAAUCUUACAACACGCUCAUGAAUUCAAUAUAUUGGUUCAAGAGUCAGUUCAACACUGUAAACAGGUUACAACUUAUUCUAAAAUUUUUGUAGAAUAUCUACAAGCCAUGACAGAAGAAGAUGUUACAGGCUCUGACUUUAUCGAAGUCAUGAAAUCUCAAAUUCAAUCUGCCAUGAAAAACAAAUCAGAUAUUGAAAACGUUACUCAAGGUUUCAGUGAAAUCUUAACGAUGUUGGUAAAUUUGGUAUGGGAUCUAGAAGAUCAUACGAAUCAAACUAAUAUUGAACAGUUAUUAUCUGAUGAUGUUAAUCGUGCAAGGAAAGAACAAAAGACUCGUGAAUUUGCAGCAUGGGGAACUGGAAUUACUACUGGUGUUGCAAUAUGUGCGGCACCAUUUACUGCUGGAGCAUCACUUGCAAUUAUUGGUGCUUUGGGACUUGCAUCUACGGUUGUGACAAAAGAAUUGUCAAAAAUAAUUGAUGAAUAUAAUGGAUUUAUUGAAAUUUUUAAAUCAGCGAUAGAAGACAUUACGAAAAUUACCUCAAAGUAUUCAACCGACGCGGAGAAUGUGAAUUUCAGAAUGACAAGAAUAAAGUAUUUAUCGAUGAAAAAUCAAUGGGCUAGAGUAAAUGAAGUAUUUGAGACUUACAAAGAUGAUCUACAAAGAAUAUUAAUGCAAUAA